AAAAAGUGAAGAAAACGGUUCAGGGUUUAUAGGAGGAGCAAAAAUACUUCCUCCUCCUCCUCCUCCUCCUCUCAGAUAAAACUGAGCUGUUGUAGCCCUCACACUUCGGAGCAACUCUGCAGCUUCACUGAGACUGAGCAUCAUGUCACAAAACGUGCAGGCAGCUGAUUGGCUCUCUGCUGUUUCUUUCAACACAGAAACUUUACCAGGAUUCAACAUGAAGGUUGACUCCGCCCCUCCACACUCUCUCCUCCAAUCAGCUUACCUGCUCCACGAGGCCGCCCCGCCUCUUCCGGGUCCAUCUGCGUGGUUGGCUGAAUCCAGCUGUCAAUCACUGACCCGGGCUGACAUCAUUCCUCCGUUUGUGGCCACGCCCCUUUCCUGCCCCCUUAGCGCUGGGUCGAAUGGUUACUAUGGCAACGAUUAUGAUCCGCCAUCCUUUGCUUCCUGUGAUUGGUUGUUACCUCGCUGUCUAACAAAGGGGCGGAGCUAUGGACCAGAGCAUCUUCAGUGUGUUUGCUGUGGGACGAGCAGCGCCCCCUUGUGGAGGAAGGACGCUGCAGGUCGACCCCAGUGUAACAGCUGCAGCUCUCAGAACAGAGAGGACACACCACUGCUGAAGCCCAAGAGGAGAACUGUCGUGGCUCAGAGGAAGUUUGCUCGGUGUGUAAACUGUGAAACUGAAACUACGACUUUGUGGAGGAGAAACUCUGCAGGACAGCCGCUCUGCAACGCCUGUGGACUCUACUACAAACUACACCAGAUGGAUCGGCCGCUCUCUCUGAAAAAAGAUGGAAUCCAAACCAGAAACCGUAGAGUGACCCGCAGGAAGCACACCGGGAAGAAAACCAGCCAAUCACAGAGCAAGGUGUUCAGGCUGGCCACGCCCACUGAGAGUUGUUUAUCUGCCUGUUUUUUCUAA